AUGGCAGCAGAAUUUUUAAAGAGUUGCUGUAGAGGAUGUUUCUAUGGUGAAACAGAAAAGCACAAGUUUUCUGUGGAAAGGGAAUUUAAAGCAUCAGUCUCAAAUAGCCAAAAUACCAUCUGUACACCUCCAUUGACUUCUGUUUCAGUAAAGUCCCAAGUUGGCUGUAGUGAGGAUUAUUUGCUUUCCAAAUUACCAUGCGAUGGCAAAGAAGUACCAUUUGUGGUGCCCAGGUUUAAAUUAUCUUAUAUUCAGCCCAGGACACAAGGAACUCCCUCACAUCUGGAUGAACUGGAAGGAUCCGCCAGAGCAUCUUUUGGAGAUCAAAAGGCAGAACUUUGCAGUUCAUUCUACCAUGGGCCCAGCUAUGAUGUGUAUAAUCCAUGCUAUAUGUAUCAGCACUUUUCACCUGAUAUAAGUAGACGCUUUUCUCCUCAUUUUGAAACAAAAAAAAUGUAUGGAUCUGUUUGUGAUUUAAGAACCAGUAAACUUCCUGGUUCCCCUGGGCUAAGCAAAUCUAUGUUUGAUCUUACAACUUCACCUCAACGAUUCAUCCAGAGACAUGACUCAUUGUCCAGUGUGCCUAGUAGUUCUUCAUCAAGGAAAAAUUCUCAGGGCAGUAACAGAAGCCUGGAUACAAUUACCCUAUCAGGAGACGAAAGAGACUUGGGGAGGUUGAAUGUGAAAUUGUUUUAUAAUUCUUCAGCAGAACAGAUCUGGAUCACAGUUUUGCAGUGCAGAGAUGUAAUUUGGCCCUCUAAUUACGGAGACACUCCCACGAUUUCCAUAAAAGGAAUUUUAACUUUGUCCAAACCAGUGCAUUUCAAAUCUUCAGCCAAAGAAGGUUCCAAUGCUAUUGAAUUUAUGGAAACUUUUGUAUUUGCUAUUAAACUACAAAAUCUACAAACUGUGAGACUUGUAUUUAAGAUUCAAACUCAGACUCCCAGGAAGAAAACCAUUGGAGAAUGUUCUCUAUCACUCAGAACUCUUAGUACACAGGAAAUGGAUUACUCAUUGGAAAUAAUACCACCUUCAAAAAUUUCUGUUUGCCAUUCAGAACUUGAACUGGGGACUUGUUUUCAAGCAGUAAAUAGCAGGAUUCAGCUGCAAAUUCUUGAGGCACAAUACCUUCCAAGUUCAUCAACACCUCUGACUUUGAGUUUUUUUGUGAAGGUGGGAAUGUUUAGCUCAGGAGAGCUGAUUUAUAAAAAGAAGACACGCUUACUGAAGGCAUCCAGUGGAAGAGUAAAAUGGGGAGAAACUAUGAUUUUUCCACUUACACAGACUGAAAAAGAAAUUGUUUUCCUUGUUAAACUUUAUAGUCGAAGCUCUGUAAGAAGGAAACAUUUUGUAGGCCAGCUCUGGAUAAGUGAAGACAGUAAUAAUACUGAAGCAGUGAACCAAUGGAAAGAGACAAUUACAAAUCCAGAAAAGGUUGUUAUCAAGUGGCACAAGUUAAAUCCAUCUUGA